CAAGUUACAGUGAAGAUGAAGGUUCUUUCAUUCUGUCCUAGCUCUGCAGUGAGCCCCCCUCUUCCUGAUUUCAAUUUCUUCAUUAUUUAUCACAUUCACAAGCUGGAAUCAGCCCAAUUCAGAGUGAUGGGUCCUGGUCACCCUGUCACUGCCAUUGUGGGUGAGGCCAUUGUGUUACCCUGUCACCUGUCCCACAGGAUGAGCACUGUGAACAUGGAGGUGAGAUGGUUCCGAUCUGAGUUCACUUCAAUUGUUCACCAGUAUCAUGAAGGAAAGGAUCAUAAUGGAGAGCAGAUGCCAGACUAUUGUGGAAGUACCGAGCUUUUGAAAGCUGGCAUCACAGAUGGGAAUGUUUCCUUGCAGAUUCUUAAUAUCAGACGCUCAGAUGAAGGACAAUACAACUGCUUUGUUCAAGAUGGUUCUCUUUAUGAAGAAGCCCUAUUGGAACUGAAGGUAGCAGCUUUGGGCUCCAAUCCUCUCAUCUCUGUGGAGAGUCACCAGGAUGGAGGGAUCCGGGUGGUUUGUCAAUCGGCUGGGUGGUACCCAGAGCCCAAGGUGCUAUGGAGAGAUCCCAGUGGGCAAGAAUUACCAUCACUCUCUGAAGCAAAAUCGCUAGGGGAUUGUGGCCUGUUUGAAACAGAAAAUUCUAUUAUUAUAAAAGAACGUUCAAACCAGAACCUGUCCUGUUGGGUCAUGAACACCGUUCUCAAUCAAGAAAAGGAAUCAACAAUUUAUAUAGGAGAUUUCUUUUUCCCGAGGGUGAAUCCAUGGAUGGUGGCUCUGAGUGUGAUUCUCCCGGUUUUGUUUGGUUUCAUUGGCCUCACUGUUUAUCUAUUUAAAAUAAAAGGGAAACAUCUUGGAGAAAUCAGGAAACGUGAUACAGAAAUUGAUGAUCUUCAGCGAGAACUUGACUGGAGAAGAAACAUCAUCUGCCCAGGGCUGGGAAGUUCUGCGCCACCUGUACAAGAAGCAAAUGUGACUCUGGAUCCAGACACGGCUCAUCCCUGGCUUGUCCUGUCUGAAGAUCGGAAACGUGUGAGACGGGGAGACACAUGCCAGGAUCUGCCCCACAACCCCGAAAGAUUUGACACUUGGCCCUGUGUGCUGGGCUGUGAAGGAUUCAGCUCGGGGAGACAUUGCUGGGAGGUGGAGGUGGGGGAUGGACUAUUCUGGGCUGUGGGGGUGGCCAGAGAGUCUGUGAGGAGGAAGGGAGGGAUCAGCCGUAGCCCUGAGGGGGGGAUCUGGGCUGGGGGGCGCUGGAGGGAUCAGUUCCAGGCUCUCACCUCCCCUGUGACCCCCCUGCCUCUGAGCCGGGUCCCCAGCAGGAUCCGGGUUUGUCUGGACUGUGACCGGGGGCAGGUGACAUUUAUCGGUGCUGGUGACGAGGCCCCGAUCUUCACUUUCCCGCCGGGCUCCGUCCCUGGGGGGAGAAUCCGACCCUGGUUCUGGGUGUGGCGGGGAUCCCAGCUCAGACUGUGUCCCUGAGACACGCAGCAGAGGGAACUGGAAAUCAGCCUCUCUAGCCACACAGAGCCCAGUCUCUAUGACCUUGGAGGACUCCCAUCUUCCCAGCUUCUGGCUCCUCAUCUCUAUGGCUGUUGGAAGCACCUCCCCCUCCCUCUUUGCAGCCUCAGGGAUGGAGGGAGGAGGGAGAAGAACCCCUGGGGCUGCAGGAGGGGCCCUGAGGGGCAGAGGUGGGGGCUGGGCAGGGGGUAGCACUAACAGCCGGGCAGGGGACAGGCGCAGGUGGGGGUGGCAGGGACACAGCAUUGAUCAAUCAGGGUUUGUGGGGUUGGGGAGAAGCAGCAGCAGGGAGCGUUUUGUACAGAUCUGUGUCCUUAGAUCUCA